UGCUUUCCCUCUAGGUCUAGACUCCAACUGGGAGGAGGCAGAAAGGCCAUGGGGGCCUCAUGAAAACAUGGCUGGUCCCUUAGAGGGUCCCUGCGGACGGAACUUCUGGAACGGCUCCGGCGUGCGGGUGGCCCUGACACUCCACCAUGACCUCACCAGACCCAACUUCACCCGAGUGAUUGGUUCCAACCUCCCCCUACUCUGCUUGGCUGACUCCCAGCCCCCUGCCCGGUACAUACGGAGCAUCAGUGGGAUCCCCGGGCCUGAUGGCCAGACCCUCUUCAUUUCCAGUCUCUCCAGGGUACGCUCGGAGGUCUAUACCUGCAGGGCCUCAAACUCCAUUUCCAGCUCGCACAGCAGCGUGGACGCCGACAUCACCGUCUCAGCCUCACUUUUGACCUUGUGGAGUCUGCCAGCUGCAGUCCAGCUCACCUUUGAUGCCAACCCACUUACCACCGUCCAAGAACUGCUGGCCAGACCCACCGUUGCCAUCAGCCAGGACACUGCCACGGAACAGAGGGAAAACGUGACCUUCUGCUGUAGCACCCGUGCUGACGUUACCAUCCCCUGGGUCUUCAACGAUCUCCCCCUGGUGUUCCGUGAGCGCAUGCAGCUGGCCACAGAUGGCAAGACCCUCACCAUCCUCACUGUACAGCGGGGAGACUCUGGGACUUACAAAUGUGAAGCCCAGGCUUUCCACCAGGUCCGGAGCAGUGCUCCCACCUUCCUGACUGUGAACUAUGGUCCUGACCCCUUUGAACUCAAGUUGGAGUCUGGCGUAUCCAGAGGGGAGGUGGUUGAAGUGAUAGAGGGCUCCACUGUGACCUUCUCCGUGGAAACACAGUCUCAUCCUCCCCCUGCCUAUACCUGGUUUCUCCCCUAUGACUCCAUCCCACCUCCCACCAUGAGUUCGUUCGACAUCCAAGCUGUGUCCCGGGAACAUGAAGGCACGUACAGGUGCUUGGUAUCCAACGGUGCUACCCACGUGCUUCGCCUGGGUGCUCUUACUAUUCGAGUCCUUGAAACGCUGACCAAGCCUCACAUUGUGCCCCCAAGCCUGAAUCUCGUGGAAAAUGCCAGCUCCGUGGCCCUGACCUGCCAGACCCCCCAUGAGGGGGCUGGAGUCCUGUGGCUCCUGAGGGGCCAGGCUCUCCUGCCCAGCGAUCACCUGGUGCUGUCGGCUGACAACAGGAGCCUGGUCAUCCACGGCCUCCGGCGGGACGACACAGGACCCUAUGAGUGUGAGGUCUGGAACUGGGGCAGCUGGGCACGAAGCGAGCCCUUCAGGCUCGCCAUGAGCUACGGCCCUGACCGAGUGGACAUCACCAGCGGGUCUGCGCCCGGGGUGGUCGGCACCGUGGAGGCCGAGCUCAACUCCAGCCUGACCCUGCGGUGCCGGGCGGAGUCCCAGCCGGGCGCUGAGUUUCACUGGACCCUUGAACAGUCCACCGCUGUGCAUGCGGGGCAGGUGCUGAUCAUCCGGGCCCUGACCUGGGAGCACCAGGGGAUCUACGGCUGCACGGCCUCCAACCCGCUGACCCACCUGGCCCGCUCUGCCUCGGUCCGGGUCAGAGUGGUAGGUCCCCAGUCAUCCCUGUCUGCAGGAGCCAUUGGUGGCAUUGCUAUCGGGAUCCUGGCUGUCUUUGCCCUGUCCGCAGGGCUGGGCUGUUUCCUCUGCAUCAGAAAUGCCAGACGGUUCUCAAGGGAAAAAGCAGAGGACCCCAUCCGGGAGGCAGCAACACCCACCUCCGAGGAGGAGGAGCCCCAUGCAGAGUCCUGUUCCAAUUGGCUGAGCCCCAUGUAUGCCAAUUUACCCAAACCUCAAGGACAGGUUGGAGUCAAAAAGAUGCUGCCACCAGCUCCCCCAGAGCAGUUUUAUGAGAAGGAGCCCCCAUCAGUAACCCCCGGGAACGAUUCUCAUGGCCCCAGAAAACCAUCGCCCGAAGUUACAUUGGAUCCAUUGGUCCCCACUCUACCGGAAGGAAACGCAGAAUCACACUAUGAGGUGCUUGUGAAUCCAGAACGCAACAUCUACGGCCAAAUCGACCCCUCAGUCUAAUGGAGGCAGACUUCCCUUCUCCAGAAAUCCUAGAGAAAUCACGCUCAAUCACAUAUUCAUGAAAUUUAUUGGGUGCUUGUUUUAUUCCAGCCAUUGUCUUCGUAGGCCUUGGGACACUUAAAAAAAAUUUUUUUUUUAAUGUUUAUUUUUGAGACAAAGAGAGACAGAGCAUGAGCAGGGGAGGGGCAGAGAGAGGGAGACACAGAAUCCGAAACAGGCUCCAGGCUCCGAGCUGUCAGCACAGAGCCAGAAGUGGGGCUCAAACUCACGAACUGUAAGAUCAUGACCUGAGCCGAAGUCGGACGCUUAACUGACUGACAUUCUGUUUUAAUGACAUUUAGUGACAUUUAGUGACAUUCUGUUUUAAUGGGUUGUUCAAGCACUGGACCCUAGCUCCCACCAAAUCUUGGGCUUUGACUCGUGUUUCUUUACAAGCAAUAAAAACAGGGAGGAAGUGACCCAGAAUUAGAGGGCCAAGGUUUGAGACUCAGAAUCUGGGGCUGCCAUAGCUGUAUCAUGGAGAUGGGCAAACACCAGUGAUAGACACAGCAUCUCCCCCCCCCAGGGGCAUUUCCCCCCCCCCCCCCCCCGGAGGCGGGGUGGACUGUGUCUUUUCAAAUCAUGGUAGAGGAUAAGACACAAGGAGCUAUUAAGAGAUGAUGACAGGAAAAAAAAAAAGCAGAAAGAAGGGAGAGAGCAGGCACGAGAUGCUUAGAAUCACAAGAAUUUGGGGGGUGAGGGUGGGGAGAAUCCGAUUUGAUGAAGACAGAGUGAGGAGUCAAGGCUGACUCCCAGGUUUCUGGCCAAAGCACCUGGGUCACUGGCAGGCCACUCUCUGAGGCAACAGUGAGGGAGGAUAUACAUUUGGAAUACAGACGGAAAAUCAAGAAUUUGCUUUAGACGUGUCAGAAAUCAACUGGAGAAUGAAACAGGCAAUUGUUCGUAACGGUCUAGAUAAAGCAGGGCUGGAGAUACACACGUGGGAGUUGUUAGUGGGGUUUAAAGUUACGGGAAUGUAGGUCUUGUGUCGGGGGUCUCCAAGACCGCACUCAGGCUCAACGAUUUGCUAGAAGGAUUCACGGGACCCAGAAGUUGUUACACUCAUGGUUACGGUUUAGUGCAGCAAAAAGAUAGAGAAUAAAAUCAGCAAAGGGAAAAGAAAAGGUUCCGGGAGUGAAGCAUGGAAGACACCAGGCACAAGCUUCCACGUGUCCUGUCUCAGUAGAGUCACAUGGGAAUCUCCCCAGCAAUGAUGUGUGACGAUACUUGUGAAGUGUUGCCAGCCGGGGUGGGGGGUGAGGGGGCUUGCCCUGAACCUGAGGGUCCAGGGUUUUGAUAGGGGGUCAAUCACACGGGCAGCUCCAGAUCCCCAGAAGGAAGGCAGGUGUUCACUACAGAUCACGUUGUUUGUAUAAACCAUCCGGACAAGUUGGUACAGUGUGGUCCAAGGCCACAAGCCUGCCUGCAAAAACCCUUUCAUCAGAACAUUGCAAGAGCUCAGUUCC